UUAGUGUUUCUUCUUAGCUUUUCUUAGCUGUAAUUUUCUUCCUUGUUUGUUUUCUACUAUAUUUUGCCUAGCAAUAACCCACAAGUUUUAAGCUCUUUUCUUUUUUGGUAAGUUUAAUUAACAAACAUGGCUUUAGAUGUAACCUUAGAAGAUGAUCUUUUCUUUGCUGAUUUAUAUAGGAAAAUCUCUUUCUUGAUUGAUGAAGAUGAUGAUGAUUAUAAUUACCCAGCAGUUUCCCAUUUUCCUUCCAUUUUCCCUCAUGGUCAAAUCAAAUUUUUUCCUAGGGUCAAGUCUGAUCAAGUGCGAUCCCUAGCUGACUAGUAGACUACUAAAUGAGAAAAAGAAGACAUAACUCUCACAAUAAGUAUAGCACGAGGAAAAAGAGAAAGCACGAAGAGGAAGAGAUAUCUAAUGGAUGUCCAGAAGAUCAAAGUGGUCAAUCCAAUUGUUGAAAUGGACGGAGAUGAAAUGACUCGAGUAAUAUGGAAAUCUAUUAAAGAGAAGCUUAUAUACCCCUUUCUGGAGCUGGAUAUAAAGUACUUUGAUCUCGGUCUCCCAAAUCGUGAUGCAACCAAUGACAAAGUCACCAUAGAAAGUGCAGAAGCUACACUCAAGUAUAAUGUUGCUAUCAAAUGCGCAACUAUAACACCUGAUGAAGGUCGUGUACAGGAGUUUAAUUUGAAACAGAUGUGGAAGAGUCCAAAUGGGACAUUAAGAAAUAUCCUUAAUGGUACCGUUUUCAGGGAACCAAUAAUCUGCAAAAAUGUCCCAAGGCUUGUUCCAGGUUGGACAAAACCUAUAUGCAUUGGAAGACAUGCUUUUGGAGAUCAGUACCGUGCAUCGGAGGAAGUCAUUCGGGGAGCAGGAACUCUUAAGAUGGUAUUUGUUCCAGAUGGGCAAGGUGAGAAGACAGAAGUAGAAGUUUUUCGAUUUAAAAAUCCCGGAGGAGUUGCGAUGUCAAUGUAUAAUACUAAUGAGUCAAUACGGGCUUUUGCUGACUCUUCUAUGAGCACUGCUUUCCAAAAGAAAUGGCCACUUUAUCUCAGCACAAAAAACACCAUUCUGAAGAAAUAUGAUGGGAGGUUCAAGGAUAUAUUCCAGGAAGUUUAUGAAACAAAGUGGAAGUCGAAGUUCGAGGCUAUAGGAAUAUGGUAUGAACAUCGUCUAAUAGAUGACAUGGUUGCUUAUGCUAUGAAGAGUGAAGGGGCUUAUGUCUGGGCAUGCAAGAAUUAUGAUGGAGAUGUCCAAAGUGACUUCUUGGCUCAAGGUUUUGGGUCACUUGGGCUGAUGACAUCUGUUUUGGUAUGUCCAGAUGGACGGACAAUUGAAGCUGAAGCGGCUCAUGGGACUGUUACUCGCCACUUUCGCGUUCAUCAAAAAAGAGGUGAAACAAGUACCAACAGUAUAGCAUCCAUCUUUGCCUGGACACGUGGGCUUGCACACAGGGCUAAGUUGGAUGACAACACCAAGCUCUUGGACUUCACCAGUAAGCUUGAAGCAGCAUGUGUUGGAACUGUUGAAUCGGGGAAGAUGACUAAAGACCUGGCACUCCUUGUACAUGGGCCUAAAGCCAAAAGAUGUCAGUAUUUGAACACCGAAGAGUUUAUCGAUGCUGUGGCCGAGGAGCUGAAAUCAAGGCUAACUGCCAGAGCAAAAAUGUAAAAACUUCAACCGAGAGAUGGCAAUGACUAUAGUGAUAAAUCGUUUGCAGAUAAAAUCCGAUGUCUGCAAGUAUAGUGAGUACAAAUAAAAUCUGUGUAUUUGUUACAUGAUUUGGGCUUUUGGCCUUAUUACUUAUUAGCCUUCUAAUUUUUAUUUUCUACCAUUUCGAGUUCCAUUAUUUAUACUCUAAUUCAGUGGAACUACAUUACUCUUUGUUCAUUACAUUUCAUGUUUUCUUUGUUAUAGUCAAGUUCAAUCAUAUUAUUUGCAAUAAGCAAAUCAAAAAAAAUUGUUACAAUUAAUCUUGGUGUGUGAUGUAAUAUAAAGCCGAACCAUUUUUCAUA